GGAAUUACGUUUGUCAUUGUGUCUUCAUAUCUGGAAGUGUUGAGAAGUAAAAGCAGACUGUGGAGAGGAACAUAUCUUUGGUUAAAGUCUGAAGCAGAAUUUGACAUAUAGAUAUAACAGUGAAUAGUUCCUAAGGCAGGAUGAAAGAAAUUGGCUGGUUAACACCAGCUUUGCUGCUGCUCCUGUGUUCAGGACCAGCGGUAGUAGUAGCUGCAUGGGGACAAAGCAGUGACAGUGUCCACCUGAAGGAUGUGGAAGUACUGACCUUGUAUGCAGGAAAAAUGACAAAUGGGCGACGGUCGUCACCAGUCCCUCAGCUGGAGUGUAUUAGAGGGGGAACAGCUCCAUGUGAUGCUUUUAAUCCUCGUGUUGUCCAGUGUUAUAACCGAGGCUUUGAUGGCGUAGAUGUACAGUGGGAAUGCAAAACUGAUAUGGAUAAUGCUUUCAGGUUUGGUAAUAUUGAAGUAUCCUGUGAGGGCUACAACAACAGAGAUGAUCCUUAUGUGUUGAAAGGUUCCUGCGGAUUAAGAUAUUCCCUUGAUUACACCAAAGAGGGACUUAAUAACCAAGAAAAGACACAUAACUAUUAUCCAAACCAGAAUCAGCACAGUGGCAGCAAUUAUGGCUGGUCUUAUCAGAACCAGGGGAAGGAAAAACUGUCAAGUGCAAGUUACUUUGCAGACUUGAUUGUAUAUGUAGCCAUUGGACUUAUGUGUUAUGCAUUUUACAAGACGUGCAUUGGGUCCAACCGUCAACAAGGACAAGAUGCCUACAGCACAACAAAUAAUGAUUAUCCUGCAGGAGGCGGAGGUGGAGGAUAUGGUUGGUUUGGUGGAAACACCCACCCCACAGCUCCACCUCCUCCUGCUGGUUUUCACCCAGGGUACACUGAUGAUGCCUCAUGUCACAGGAACCGGACAGGUCAUGGAGGUAAUGGUGGAGGCUUUUGGACAGGGGCUGUUACAGGUGGAUUACUUGGCUACAUGUUUGGUAACCGAGGUGGUCAACAGAAUUAUGCGAACAGGAGAGGGGGAGGAUGGGGUAGUGGGGGAAGUGGCUUUUCUGGUGGAGGUGGCUUCUCCGGUGGAUUUGGGGGUGGUGGGUCCACUGGCACCCGAACAGCCUCAGGCUUUGGUGGAACAAGCCGUAGGUAGAUAUUGCCCUUUGUGUUCAUGUGACAUUUUGUUUUUCAUGUUUAUUUCGGAUAGAUGUAGGUUACAUUAUCUCUCAGAUUUAAUUAGAUCAAAAAUAUGUUGGAUUAUUUAAUGUGAUUAUCAACUUUUUGAGUGUUGAUUGAUGCUGCUGUAAUAUGUGACUUUUUAUACUUGUAAUGCAUAUGUGUGUAUAAUGAAGAGCACUUGAUUAGUAACACCAUCUAACAUGUUUUUGUUGUUUUGAAUAAACAAAAAAUGAAAGAAGUUUGUAUUUGGAUCUCAGGUUGCAUGAAUGUGAUAUUUAUUUACUUCUUUAAUAGUUCUACCUAGGAAAUAUAUUUUGACUUUUGUAAGAGAAACUGGAAGAAGGUAUAUCCAUCUAUAUCAAAGUCAGCUAAGUGAAAAUGAAAAAAAAAUAUUGAGAUUUCAGUACUCCCAACUUACACCUUAAAAAGAAAAAAAAAAUUGUAAAGCAGAUUUCACAUACAAGAUAUCUAAUUUUGCAUGAGAUGUAACCCAUUUACACUGAAAUGAUGUACUAUGAUGUCCUAACAUGUCAUGGUAGACUAUUUUCUGUAUGGGGAUGACGUAUUCAUGUUAUUUAAAAUGAAGUCUGCUCUAAGUUAUGCCCACUAUAGACGUGUGCUUGUUUGGCCUGAUGUAUUUACCCCAUAAAAAUAAGAUUGAAGCCUCUUUUUAGCCUUAUCAAAAAACAAAAUUAUAGUCACAGUCAAGAGCAUAGAAAGUGGAUUAAUUUUGUUUCCCUUGUUUCUGAUUUUGCCUUUGAGUAGCUGACACUGCAUGUAACCUGAUGCUUUAUUUAUUAUGGCACUGGAGAUUAUAUACUUUGCUGAAUGUAGGUAUUCAUGAAUGUUAUUCUGGAGAAGUAAAAAUAUCAGACCAAGAUAUCAGCUGUUCAGAAGAAAGGAAGAAACAUAUAUACUUUUUUGUUACCAAGAUUUUUUUGUGUGAUUACUUUGAUGUAUGUUUAAGUAUGCUUUGGACUUUGUUUCAGGCUACUAAAGCUUUACUCUGGUACAUGUGAUUUUUUCUUUAGGUUCUUUUGUAUGUGCAAGGCUUUCUGAUUAGUUCUGAUCUCUUUGCUCUUCACAAAUUAGUUCAUUAUAUUUGAAAGUAUGUGACACACUAUACCAAUUCCUUUCCAGUUAACUGUUCAAUGAUGUUUCAAAUAUACCACAAGAUUUUGGAACUUCUCACCUAUUAGUGAACUCCUUUUCAUAUAUUAGAUUUUUUACCGACACCUAGUUAUAGGCUCAACAGGCGAGAUGCUGGUAAAAACCCUUUUUGUUUAGCUUAUUUAAUUCUUUGUUUAUUUUUUCAAGGUAAAAGAGAAGUUGGAUAACCCAGUAUAACUGUACAUAUAUUUUUUUUUAGUAAUUAUAUUGGAUAUUCCUCUCUAUUUUGACUUUUCAUCUAAAUGGAAAAAAUGAUCAAACACUUGUAUGUAUUUUUUUUUUUUUUUUUUAGUUUAAUAUAAUAUGGGAAUUGGAAGUUUAACUUAGCUUUUUAGAGAGAAAGCAAGAAAGGUGCUGUUUUACAAAGGUGUUUUAUUCAAGCACGCAUUAUGGUAUGUCUUAUUAAGAAUGAAACUUAUUUAUCUGGUUUGUAAAAGGGAUUUUGUAAAUAAAGUAAUAAAAAGA